AGUUGGAAAGCAUUCACUCUCCCCUCUCCUCCUACGCUCUGCUCUCCUCUGCAAAAAUUGGAUCUUCACUUCAUCACAUCCCCUGCCUUUGCCCCGCCCCGCCCUGCAUUCCCUCCCUCCCUUUAGAUCGAUCCAUCCGAUUCGAUCCGCGCAACCAAGCAAGCCAGCAAUUGCAAUUGGAGAAUUGCUCUCCGAUCCACCCAAUUGCAAUUGCAAUUGCAAUUGCAAUCCAUCCUGGAUCGCCGGCCGGCCGGCCGGCCAUUGCUCACCUGGAUCCGCCCCAGCACAGCAGUUUCACCAGGGGCAGGGAGACGACAUCACGCCGGUGAAGCAGUAUGAUGAUGGGGACCGAUGUGUGUUCUUCGCGGAUGCUGUCGCUGCCCCGUUACGAGAGCGGCGACGAGGAGCUCACCGUGCUGCCCAGGCACACCAAGGUCGUCGUCACCGGUAACAACCGAACAAAGUCCGUGCUCGUCGGCCUGCAGGGUGUCGUCAAGAAGGCUGUUGGCCUUGGAGGCUGGCACUGGCUGGUUCUCAAGAAUGGUGUGGAGGUGAAGUUGCAGAGGAAUGCCCUGAGUGUCUUGGAAGCUCCGACUGGCAACGAGGACGACGACGAGAUCGAUGGCGGCAACAACUCCUUCUGCGGCAGCUUCGACAUGGGAGACAAAGACAUGAACUACUCAAGCAUCGAGUACCAGAAGCCAACAAAGCCGAGGGUCCGGCACACAAGGCCAUGGUCUUCCUGCACGACGACGUCCAGCAGCCGGGCCAACCUUCAGUCGACCUCGAAGCUGCGAGCGAGAGUGAACCUGACAAAGCUUGGAACGCCCACAUUAUGGAGAUACUGGAAGCACUUCAACCUUGUGAGCAUGAACCCAACUCCAUCAGAGGAGCAGCUGUUCCAUGGGGUCCAGCAGCAUUUCCAGUCCCAGCAAUUGGAUGAGUUGCAGGUGAUCCUGGGGUUCAUCCAGACGGCAAAGAGGCUCAAGACCCUGUACAAGAACAGCUCCUAGCCCAGCCCUCCUUCCUCAGAUGCAUACAUACAUAUGCUUCACCUUCACCUUCACCAGUGGUUUCUGUUGCUUGCUGUUAGUAGAGAAAGAGAGGUGUCAACUCAAGAAGAGAGAGAGAGAGAGAGAAGAGGUUAGAUGAUGAUGCAUCAUGUGGUUAAGUAAGUAAGUAAGUUAUUAAUGUUAGUCUCCUCCUUGAGAAGCAAGCAAGUUGUGAACAGAGAGGGAUUUGUACUGGCACAUUUGAUCAGUACAAAUUCUUCAGUAGCUUCUUCUUCUUCUUCUUCUUACUCCUUGUAAUGAUGAGAGAGAGCGCGCAAAAAUGAUGGAUGAUGUAACCCCUUGCUGCUGCUGCUGCUGUUUGUUAUAACUGACCACCAGAGCAGACCAAACCAAUCUCAGUUAUUUGGAGAGAUACUAAA